CGCCGGCGGCGAUGCGCGCUCUCCGGGCGACGCGGGGGAUUCAAGCGCGUUAUAAGGCGCGGAGCCGGAGGGCGAGUCCCAGACGCAGCGCUCGGAGGAGAGAGGCAACCGCCGCCCGCAUGGCCCCCGCCUGCUGCCCUGCCGGAGCCCUGAUGCUCGCGUACGCGGGCCUGCUGGCGGCCGCCGCCGCGGGCCUCGGCUCCCCGGAGCCCGGCGCGCCCUCGGGCGGCCGCGCCCGCGAGGAGCCGCCGCCCGGGAACGAGCUGCCCGCGGGGUCGGCCGCCCGCCCGCAGGAGCCCACCGUGGAGCAGGUGCACGGCAUCGAUCCCCGCGAUGCCUGGAUGCUCUUCGUUAGGCAGAGCGACAAGGGCGUCAACAGCAAGAAGGGGAGCAGAGGCAAAGCCAGGAAGCUGAAGCUCGGCCUGCCAGGUCCCCCAGGGUCCCCCGGCCCCCAGGGCCCCCCGGGCCCCAUCACCCCACCUGAAGUCCUGCUGAAAGAGUUCCAGCUGCUGCUGAAAGGCGCGGUGCGCACACGCGAGUGCGCAGAGCCCGAGCCCCGCCCGCGCGGCCCCGCCGCGGUUCCGGCCGUCCCCGCGGAGGACGAGGAGGAGGAGGCGGCGGCGGCGGGGGGCGGGGGCGUGCUGGCGCUGCUGGCUGCGCCCCUGGCCCCGGGCCCGCGGGCGCCGCGCGUCGAGGCCGCCUUCCACUGCCGCCUGCGCCGGGACGCGUCGGUGGAGCGGCGCGCGCUGCACGAGCUCGGCGUCUACUACGUGCCCGACGCCGAGGGCGCCUUCCGCCGCGGCCCGGGCCUGAACCUGACCAGCGGCCAGUACACGGCGCCCGUCGCCGGCUUCUACGCGCUCGCCGCCACGCUGCACGUGGCGCUGGCCGAGCAGACGAGACGGGCGCCUCCGCGCCCCCGGGACCGCCUGCGUCUGCUCAUCUGCAUCCAGUCCCGGUGCCAGCACCACGCCUCCCUGGAGGCUGUCAUGGGGCUGGAGAGCAGCAGUGAGCUCUUCACCAUCUCGGUCAACGGCGUUCUGUAUCUGCAGGAGCUGCACCCUCCCCCUCCGUCGCAGACCCUCUCAUGGAUGAGGGCCCCUUGCCUACCCCCUUGCAGCCUUGGCUCACUGCUCGGAUCCACCCACCAGAUGAAAGAGCUAGAACACCCUUGCAGGUCAGGGACGGCCAGGCCCUGCCUGCCCAUCUGCACAGAUGAAGCGGACGCUUCCCACAAGCUGACAGGCUCUCGGUGCCCAACCGCAGCCUAGCCCCGCUGGGUCCGUCCAGCUCUGGGGCUCUUGAAAGCAUCUUCCCCACGGGGGUGGGAAUGUGGCCCCAAGCUCAGGUGGGUGUCUUGGGAAGACCGGGUCCCAAGUCCUUCUGUGCUGCUGCAGCAGUGAUGGGAUGCGGGUAGCGGUGGGGGUGGGGGUCUGGGAGUUGCUGCAAUUUCUUUCAAGACGCAGGGCCCCCACUGCCUGCUGAGGAAGUUACCCAACCCCUGUCCCUACACACAAAACAGGCUGCAGGAACGGGGUACCGUAAGAUGUCCUGGGGGCCAAGCUGGUCUGGCAAGCCACUGCCCCCUUCUCAGGCCUGGGAGAGAAGGGGCAACGGCUGCAGUCACCUCUCAGCGUAACCUUCUAGCUGGCCUUGGGAUAAGCAGGUGACUGUGGCCAGGCCUGGCUGACCCCCCGGAGCCCUAAGCUUCCGGCGCCACUGUCAGGCUCAGACGUUCCCCUCCCAGCCGGGGGACCCCAGGCGCAACGCACACAAACCGACCACUCUGUGCCCUUUGGCAGUCCUGGCACAGUUCUCAGUAGGACUCGUACCCGCCCUACCAGGAAGUGCCAGCUGGCCGGUGUCCUGCCUGCCCAUGCUCUUUGAUAAGGGAUGGUGUGGCCACGCCCUUUUCUGGAUUUCACUUUGUAUCCAGUGGGCACAGAUAUUUUAGAGAAGCUAUCUUUUACCCUUGAAAAACCCACAGAUCUCUUUCAUUUUCUCAAUAUGAGGAGUGUGUCACACAGCAAUUUAUUGAAGUAUUUAUUGUAUAAUAUUGUCAGGGGGAAUAUAUUUAUAUAUAUAUAUAUAUAUAUAUGAAACACUGACUUUUGAGAAUUAUUUUAUGUGAUUAUAUAAAAUUACAGAAACAAAGGGCAGACCUUAAAAUAUAUAGAGUCUUAGUCAUUUAGGCCAGGCUCACCAAGGACAGAGGGGUGAGCUCUGGGAGGGGAGGUGGAAGGAUGGUUCCAGCCCACGGGGGCCCUCAGACCCACGGAGAAGUCGGCAGGGAGAGCCCGUCCAGGGAAGCCCAGCGCCACGCCUCUCCCAGCUCUAGGACACGAGCGGUCUGGGGAUUAGGGAUACAUGGUCACAGGCUGGUGCCUUGUUUGCUGUAAGAAAAUGUUUAUUGAAUAAAGAAUCGUUCUGCUUCCCAGUUCUGAGACGCUGAGGCUCUUUCCUUCCGCGAUGCCACACCGCGCCGUCCCAGUCCUCAGCAGAAAGGAAACCUGGCUCUUAACACGCUGGGAAAGGGUGUGCUGGAAGCGUUCCCGAGGUACUUGUAGGGAGGCUGGGCCCACUGACAGAACUGACGAGGUGAUAAGGCCAU